AUGCCACGUCAAAAACGUCGGUACGUUCCGAAGGUAAAAGGCUGCUAUGAAUGCUCCCAGCGCCGAAUCCAUUGCGAUCGCGUACAGCCACACUGUGGUAAAUGUGCGUCCAGAGGCAUACUGUGCAGUGGGCUUGGGAUCCGCUACAGGUUCCGCGACGGGGGGAACCAAGGUAAGAUAGCCUGGCAAGACGGCGAUUCACCUCAGGGUGGUACAUGGUCGGGUGAUCUCCCGCAGCAUCAACGCUCACCGUCCUUUCACCGUGGUGGUUCCUCCGAGGGGCAAUUCGACUGGACCAGCAAUGUCACAAAUGACCCCGCAGAACCCAAUGCAUUAGCGGGACUGGGCCCCGAUUCACCAGAAGCAUCUACUGGUAGCUCUGAUGCAAUGGCCGCCCUUCCCCUAAGUAUCGAUCUAGUGGAUCCAAGCAAUGAAUUCCUGUUGACUUACUUCUCCCAUCAUAUUGCACCUCAAAUGGUGGUUAUGGAUGACAAGUACAAUGGAUGGCGGUACUUGAUUCUGCCUUUUGCGUUAUCCGACAAAAUGGUUAUGGAUGCGGUGUUGGCUGUAUCAGCCUUCCAUCUCUCUCACAAAACUAGAGGGACACUAUCAGUCAGACCGGAUAAGCUCUAUGCAAAGGCAAUCUUAGGGCUACAAAGCAGAAGCUCUUUGAACGAGUACGACAUGCUCACAAAACAGUCUAUAUUCGUUGCGAUCAUUACACUCCUGGUAGGGGUCAUGGUCAACGGAUGCUCAGACUUCCCUAUUCUGUUUAACAUGUUACAAUCUGCUCUCGAUGCGGUCGGUGGAGAGGGCGGUCUUGGGAACGGUGACAUGACUGAUUUUCUGCUGCGGCAAAUACGCAAGUUUCGUGUCUACGCUGCACCACUACUAAGUGAGGAAGCUGGUGUGCGUAGUAUUGUGGCUCAUGCCAAAGAGAGCUUUGACUGCCUACACUACAAUGGCAACCUCCACCCCGACCAUGCACUCACCUUCUAUCUGAAUGCGUAUCUUCGGCAGCAAGCUUAUGACAUAUACCUAGAGCGCGCUCUAACGGGGCCUCAUGGCACAUUAGACCCUGAAAAGAUAGAGCGAUUCAAGGAAACAUUAGAGUUGUUCCCAGAGGGAUCAUUAGGAGAACAUUCCCUGGUAUGGCCCACGUUCAUUGCCGCAUCAGAGAGCUUGAAGGAUGAGCAUCGGCUAUAUUUCAAGCAGUUCUUGGAAAAGCAAUUUCAUCGUAAUGGGUUCCUUAACCUACAGCAAGCUCUCAUACUUCUUGAGAAGAUAUGGGCGCGAAGCAGUUAUACAAAUUGGCCCGCACUUCUCCCAGAACCACGAGUGUUUAUUAUGUAG